GUGAGACCUCGCACCCACGGCGCCCCCUGCACAACAGAAUGUCUACCAUCCGCAAGUGGUUCAAAGGGGCGCCCUUUGGGGUGCAGAGCCACAGGUUUGAUGUCUCUGCUGUCCAUCCCAACCAGAAGAAAUUCAGCACCUUCACUGAGGCCCCAUACUCCAGGCAUCAUUCCGUGGAACUGUCCCACAUAGGACCUGGAACCUAUAACUCGAAGGAGACCUGCUUCAGCAAGAAGUACCUGGAACAGAAGUUGGGCGCAGGAUGGGCCCGGGCCCAAGAAGCCAGCCGGCUGACCCAACUUCCCCACUUCCAGUUCCAGGCCAUCAAGAAGGAAAGAGAGCAGCAGGCGAACAAGCGGGGGCCUGGCUCCUACAACAUCAAAGACUUCUUAACUGAGCUGCAGAAGAAACCACAGAGCAAACGGGGUCUGCUCAGCUCUGGGGAGACACGCUUCCGAGGACUCAUCGGGAAUUAUUAUCCCGGCCCUGGAAAUUAUGGGGAGAAGGGGAACCCCUACACACAGCUGGAGAAGAAUUCCUGGAACCGCUCACACUCCGACGGCCUUAUGUGUAGAUUGUCCAACAAGCCACCACCCUUGUCUCAUCAGGGCAGUGGCCUGGGACCUGGAACCUACACCAUCAAAAGCGAUAUUGAGACCUUUGUGGAAAAGUCCACCGGUACUCGUGGCCCCUAUGACAUUUUCUCUGGCGAGAGGAGCAGUCCUGUGCCCUAUGGGCAUUAUUCAGUUCAGAAAAAGAAGCCCAGGGAAUUGACGAGUUUCAAGAGCUUUGUGGAUGAACUGAACGCACCACACAAGAAGAAACAAGGGGGUUUCUCAAAAUAUCCCCGGGAUCCGAAACACCCUACAGAGAGAAUUUACUGGACAACCCUUAGUCAGUGCCCCAAAGAUGUGAAUAUAGCUGGCCCUGGUUCUUGGCUUCCUCAUGAGACAGAACAGAAACAUGUCAACCGGCCACCGUUCCUCCUGGCCUCCAAGCGGACCGGCCUAAAGGCCUGCCAGAUGCUUUUGGGAACCUGGAACCCAGUCGGGGUAGGCCGCUAUCUCAACACCACACUGAUGGAGAAAAUAGACCGGAGGCAGAGAUACCGCUCUCUGUUCAUGAGUGAACCCAAGCGCUACCUGCACGACCUAAACCGCGACAAACUCCUGCAGGAACGGAUUACACCUUUUACGAAGGGCAAGUGCCGUCCAACUGUGGACUACAAUUCAGAUCCGACUCCUUAAAGCCACACGGAAAGAACAUCCAGAGAGCCCAAGGCCGGAAGAGAGACCUUGGGAUGGGAGGAUGGGAAGGGGUCUUGGAGAAUGCCUGGGAGAGAGAAGGCGGGAGGGAGGGUCAUCUUUGCUGUAGCCCUGUGGUCAAAAGUCACAGUGUCUGAUGGGACAGCAGGGGGGCCAGGUAUCUUUUGUUACAAGAGAUCCAUUGUUCUAAGCAUUCUAGUCAGCUGGUGAUGUAAAUCUGGGAGCCAGACAGCAGAUGGAUGGAAGAGGGGACCAUGGGUGACUCCCCGCAACCCCUUGCACUAUAAAGCCAGAGCGUGGGUACCUAACUCAUUAUUGUCCCAGAAUGAGGCUGGGAGAGAGCAUUUGUUAUGCAGCAGUUUGGGCCUCCUAGGAAAACCCCAUCUCCACACUAGGAUGCUUCUGGAAGAUCAACAAAGUCUCAGUUGAGAGGAGACUGCUGACUUCCAGUGUCCAGCAGUUGAAACAGCCUCUGCACCCUACUUUAGCACUGUGGGCCGACCAGCGUAGUCGGAGGUGGGUCUGUGGGGGUGAGUGACAACAUCCUGUGACAUUCCCCUCACGGUUUACAUCGAUGACAGUUGAGUGUGGUGGCAGGAGCCAGCUGUCCCCAGAGGAUGCAGAAACCCGACAGACUCAGCCACAGAACUUAUAUAAUAAAACAAUUUCAGACACGUU